AUGGUUGAAUUUUAUUUGCAGAUUGAAGAGAAAAAGCAAGCUGCCGCUGAUGUUCUGUUUCAAUAUUCCAAGUUUGCGAUGGCAUGCAUUGGAAAUCAAGUCAAGCCUUGCGACUUGAGGUUACAUUUAAUGAAAGAGAUUUCAGGGUUGCCGACGUCUUUGAAGAAAGAGUCGGCCCAGCCAGCGACGUCUCCAGAUGCAAUGGGGGAGUCAUCAAGCUCAGGCACGGCUAGGCUUGAUAAAGCAGACAGUUUUCGGGCCCUAUAGCUUUGAUGCAGAGCAAGACUUGCAUUGUACUAUUCAAGAUGUUGUUACGUGCUUGUUUUCAAUCUUUGUUAUUUUGUUUUCUUCACAAUCUUUGCGAUAUUGUAAUAGGAUAAAGAAGAUAUUGUUUAGGUAUGACAGUUUCUCAUAAUAGUGUCUAUCACCAUUAUUCUUAUACAACGCGGGAUUUGUACAGUGGAAACCAUGACUUCUUUCUCGACCUCUCUUGUUUUCGGAAUUGUGAUUACAUCUAUGAAUUUGUGAUAAUCUAGCUUUUAUAU